CUUUCUUCUUUUGAUAAAGCGUAACCAAAUUGGAAAAAGCGUGCAGCUUCAACUUGUUGCCAAAGAAAUCCUCCCCGGAUACAAAUAUAAAUAAGCCAAAAAAAUAAAAUAAAAUCAUAAAGAAGAAGUAGUAGUCCCAGAAAUAGUUGAAUCGAGCUGAAAAAAGUAUGUCCGGGAUGGAAAGAUUGCAGCGAAUGUUCGCCGGCGCCGGAGCUCUUGGCCAUCCUCCUCCGGACUCGCCAACCCUUGAUUCAUCGGAACAAGUUUACAUCUCGUCUCUCGCGCUUCUCAAGAUGUUAAAACACGGGAGAGCUGGGGUGCCGAUGGAAGUUAUGGGUUUAAUGUUGGGGGAUUUUGUCGAUGAGUAUACGGUUCGUGUUGUGGAUGUGUUUGCUAUGCCCCAAAGUGGUACUGGGGUUAGUGUUGAAGCUGUUGAUCAUGUCUUCCAGACUAAUAUGCUUGAUAUGCUCAAACAAACUGGCAGACCUGAAAUGGUUGUUGGUUGGUAUCAUUCCCACCCUGGGUUUGGCUGUUGGCUCUCCGGUGUGGAUAUCAACACUCAGCAGAGUUUUGAAGCUUUGAAUCAAAGAGCUGUGGCAGUUGUUGUGGACCCUAUUCAGAGUGUCAAAGGAAAGGUGGUCAUUGAUGCCUUCCGAUUGAUUAAUCCACAAACUAUGAUGCUUGGGCAAGAGCCACGACAGACCACUUCCAACCUUGGCCAUCUGAACAAACCAUCAAUCCAAGCAUUGAUCCAUGGGUUGAACCGGCAUUAUUACUCUAUCGCCAUCAAUUAUAGAAAGAAUGAACUUGAGGAGAAGAUGCUACUGAAUCUUCACAAGAAGAAGUGGACAGAUGGAUUGACCCUCCAGCGUUUCGACACCCACUCCAAAACCAACGAACAGACAGUUCAGGAAAUGUUGAAUUUAGCUAUCAAGUACAACAAAGCAGUUCAAGAGGAGGAUGAGCUCCCACCAGAGAAGUUGGCCAUUGCAAAUGUGGGGAGACAAGAUGCGAAAAAGCAUCUAGAAGAACACGUCUCGAAUCUGAUGUCUUCAAACAUCAUUCAGACGUUAGGAACGAUGUUGGAUACAGUUGUCUUUUGAGACGGGACUCAGCUGUUUGAUACUUUUUUAUGUUUCUGGGAAGUGAUCAAAAAAGUUUAUUCCAUUAGAUAUAGCUUAACUAUAAUAUUUUAUGUUUCUUUUGAGGCCCUAAUGUUGGAUUUCUGUUAGAAGCACUAUGUUGCUUCCACCACUGUCUAUUUUUCCUUUUAUUGAAACUGUGUUGUUGAUUUCGUUCUUUGUUAGCCUACAUUGACUACUAGCCUCUUGUUUUUUCCCCUCAUUGUGAACUAAAUAGCUUGUGCACAAAUGAUUCAAAAUGCUCUGAUUGUAUGCAAUGUUUCUAGCUUGUACGAUGUGGAUUGAAGUUUUCACUUUCCAAUAUAACAGGGAGGACAUGUAUGAUGUAAAGGAUGGGUUUUUGUGUGCCUUUAGAGGAGCUGUCUCUUUCUGUAAGCCUGUUAUUUAAAGUGCACACAAGUGUUUCUCGGAUUUCAGUUUGCCUGCAUAUUGGUUUUCCCAUUUUACCUUCAUAUGAGUUCUCUCUCGGACAUAAAACAGUUGGUGGUUUGCAAGCUGAAUCAAGAUUGAAAAUGGUAAACACUCUGAUGCACUAGACCUAGGAUCGAGUGUUGGAAGUUCAUCAGCAAACGAAUAUGCAAUUUGCAGAUCCCCUCACCUGUCCAAAACAAAUACUUUCAAAUUAAGAGUGUCUUUGUUGAAUUGAAAAUACAUCCAAAAAUCAUGUAAGAAUAUUUAGCUGUCAUCUAUUCUACGACGAGCAUGACAUUAUUCUUGAAACUGAAGGAGUAAAUGUUAGUAUG